CCACUCUUGAAUUCUCACACGCGAAAACAAUUCCGGAUGAGCAGAAGAAAGUAAUUUGACGAAAAACCAGACAAACAAAUAAAUGCGGAAGUUGUUGAAACCGCGGAACACUGGAGAUUACGUUGAACAAUUGUAAAAAAAUUCACAAGCAUCGACUCGCUGUUCGUUGACGAUACGCGUCAUGACGGUGUAAUUGGGAUAACCGGAAGAAGAUAAUAAAAAUCGUAAACAACAGAGGCCACUCUUUGACGCGUGAUAAAAUUUUCAAUCAAAAAUUCAAAAAAUUAUUCCACGGGGUAAAAAUCGGCGAUCAGUUCUAAUGGACUAUCUUCCAAAGAUCAGUCGUUUUCGACUGCAGCAGUGAAACGAAUACCGGGAAACAGCGAGGCUUCGGGGACGAAACAGAGAGAUCGGGAAGACCGGUGAAAAAUUGUUCGAAAAAUUGUUGCAACCCUUUGCGACAAUGGCAGCGGCCUACGACGACUGCUACGACGCCUCUUGGCAUCUCAUACCGCCGGACUAUGUCAGCAACGACGACGACUACAGGCUACUCGAAAGCAUGAAGAUGCCGGCACGGACGUCCGGUUUUCACAUCAGCGACAUACUGGAGCUAAACGACUCGAAACCGACGCCAGAGGAGUCGGAGCUUCAAGGAACCACGACGGUCUUGCCGACGGCAAACGAGGUGCCCUCGACUUAUCAGCAGCUCCUUGAACACACGACGGCGAUGCUGCAGCCCGGGGUUCACGGGAACUUAAACAGAGCGACGCUGCCGCCUCCACCGCCGGGAAUUCUGGGCUGGCCAUCCGGGCCGUCGCUGCCUUCGACGGUGCCGCAACCCCUGGAGGAAGUUAACGUCCUCCAGCAACCGGACUCGACCAGCCCGACAAUAUCCGACCUCUCGUUUCCCUCGCACCCGGAAAACGGUCACGAGUCGAAGGAGGACGAGCAGGAGUUCGAGGAGGAGCACCAGGGCGAGUCUCAGGCCCACGAGAACGAGCACAAGAAACGAAAGCGGCGGGUCCUCUUCUCCAAGGCCCAAACCUACGAGCUCGAACGGCGAUUCCGACAGCAGCGGUACCUCAGCGCUCCGGAACGCGAACACCUGGCCUCGAUCAUAAGGUUGACCCCGACCCAGGUCAAGAUCUGGUUCCAGAACCACAGGUACAAGACGAAGCGGGCCGCAACCGAGAAGGUGGAAGCCAGUGGAAGCGGGUGCUCGCCGAGGAGGGUCGCCGUCCCCGUCCUCGUCCGCGACGGAAAACCGUGCCAGUCGAAGCUCAUGGAGUCGGUCUCGUAUCCCGGUUCUGGACAGGUCCCCAUGGCUCCGUACAUGCAGAAACCGUACUGGUGGUAAGCGCGCUACGAGUUUUUUAAAAAAUUUUAUCAAAUUUUAUCAAACUUUACCACAGUGCAAUAGCUGCCGAUUUGCAAUUAUCGCGUAAUCGAUAAACGCGCAGCUGCCAAUUUCGCGGAUAUGCGAAAUUUGGAAAGGUAAAUUCGCUCUACUCGCUGUAUUGAAAUUACCAAUAUGGGGUAUAAUGAGUUCGACUCCAAUAUAUAUGGAGGUGGGUCAAAAUUCGUAUCAUCUUUUCUUCAGCUACGGUUGGUGGAUUAUUUUUCUUCCUUUCUUUCGUUUUUUGGUUCCAUGCUAUUCAGUGGCAAAAUUUUUAUACCGUCUUUGGUCGGACGGUUGAAUAUUCGUAGGUCGAGUCACGUGACGGACGUGGCAGCAGUGUAAAUUAGCUGAAACGCGUGUCACGAUGACGAUGUAGUCAAAAAUCAUAGGCAUACAUACCUAAUAUACUAUAACGAUGUUAUACGUGUAUAACUUAAUAUAGUGUUGAUGAUGACUAUUAUUAUUAUUAUUAGUUAUUAUAACUUCACGAUAAUGUAAGAAUAACGACGCAAAGUGAUUUUAGAACGUAUAAUUAUAGUAUAUUAUUAUACAUAUAAUAUAUUGUAUUUAACUGGUAUAAUAUUAUCCUGUACGCCAUAUAGUAGUUGAUUAAUGUGAUUCUUAAGAAUAUUUCCUACGCAGAUAAUGUAUUAUAAAAUAGUCGAUAAGGUUUUUGUACAAAUUCAUUCUAGACAGAGUUCAAAUUAGUAUUUAGAAUUCAAUCCGGUACUCAUCGACGACUCGUCGUGUGCAUAUAUAUUAUACCCCGUUUAAAAUCAGGGUUGAAAACAGCACGAAUCGAAUGAUCUAGUUAAAUAUUUUAGCGAAUUUCCCUCUCCGUUGUAUCUAAUAUUGCACUAGAUAAUUGUACAUGGGUGUGAUUUCGCGAUAUUGUUUAUUCUAUUUUAUGUCACUCGUUCUCUUCUCGUUAUUUAUCACGAUCGCAACGAGUCUUGGAAUGUCAGUAUUUGAACCCAGUGAAUAAAACGCGUAUCGUAACUAAUUUAAAAUUAUUCUCAAGAUCGUUUAACUCGCAAACGUAAAAAGUAUACACAUGUACAUAAAUGUAGGAAAAGAAAAAAAAAAACUAACAAAGGCUCGGAAUCCGUGAAAGAAAAGAAGAAAAAGAACAAUUCACGAAAGAAAAUGUAGGAAAGAAAAAUAUCGCUAGUAAUGAUAAUGGUGUGGGAAUUCCUUUCUUUCGGUCACCGACUGUAUAUUAAAAGUUGUGUAACGGCAAUCGACGUGACAAAUGCGUGUUAUAUAUCUGGGCGUUAUUUAAGACCGUGUAUAGAUAAGGUAGCGAUAUAUAUAAGGUAUAUUGUAGAUUAUACUUAUCUAUUCGGCGCACACGUGUGAAGGGAAAAAUUAAGAAAUGAUACUUACUUACUUACUUGCUUACUUAAUCAGCGAGAUCUAUUGCCCACUCCGUGUUUACUGCAGUCCAGGUUCUCGGCUUACUUUACACUCGAGAAUGCAGAUUAACGGCGUACAUACUUGCAAUUGAAAAUUACAAAGCUCGUACUUAAACGCACUUUUACCCGGGUAAAAAUCGAUCAGCACUCGUUCCGUUUCGUUCAAUUCAUUCGCGUACCUUGUUCGCAAAACUUCACUAAACAUUAAUAAUCGUAUUUGUGUAGUUAAAAAAAUGUGUAUAUAUAUAUUAUAUAUAUACUAUGAUAGAUGGAAAUUGUUAGGUUGAUCGUGUGUGCGUUAAGAAUCUUCUUGUACAUAUAAACGUAUAACCGUAUUCUUUUUUUUUUUCUACUUAUUUUAAUAAUUUUUUCGGUCACAACUCAUGUACUCUCAAUUGAUGUACGAAAUCAGUUCGCUCUGUAUCAUCUCAAAUGAAAACUGUGUACAAAAGAAGCCGAGAUACGGUACAAAGAAAAAGAUAGUGAAAAACGGGGAUAGAAUGUCUUCGACCGGGACAAAUUUUGUAGAAAAAUAUCAUCAUCGUUUCACCUCGUAUUUUACAUAUAAAUAUAUACAUAUAUACUAAAUAUACAUACAUAUAUAUAUACAUAUA